AUGAUUCACUGGAAUUUCACUCAUAUCUUCACAUUACUUUCUGUUCUUACAUUUUCUGAAAUUAUUUUCAUAGAAUCAUAUUUUCCUAAUGCAUUUCAUAAAACAUAUAAACCAUUAGAAAUUAUAUCAAUGGCAAUGGAAAAUGAAAUGUGUGAACAUCAUUGUCCAUUUCAUCCUGCAAUUUGUUAUUUAUUAGGAUAUCUAGAUACAAUAGUUGAUAAUUAUUGGAUUACAAUUAUUUGUUUAACACUAAUAGGAAAAAUAUUAAAUCAAUUACCUCAAGACAAAUUCAUUAUUUGGGUUGUUAUUCAUAUUAUUUCAUUAAUCAUUUUUGGGAUUGUUAUAUUUUCAUUAUUUAAUGUUGCAUUAACAACACAAUGGAUUUGUAAUAUAGUACAAUAUGUAAUGAAACAAAUUUUUAUUAAUGGGAAAAGUAAUUAUUUAUUUUGGAAUAAAAUAAUAGAAGGAUUUAAUGAAAGUUUAAUUAAAUCAAAAUUUGAAGGUAUUUUUGAUUUUUUUUAUGAUGUGAUAACUGUUGUUGGUUUAGACAAACCAAUUAUUUAUAUUAUUUGUGGGUUAUCAAUGUUAUUUAGAAGGUCAUAUACAUUUACAAAACAAAUUAUAUUACCUAUUAUUAUUUUUAUAGUAUCAUGUACUACUUUCUCUUAUUUAUUGACUAAUGGUUUCUUGUAUGCUUUAUUUGUUAGUUUGAUUACAUUUGUAUUGUUAUCAAUAUUUGUUAGAAUAUUUUUAUUGUCAGCACUAUAUUUCUUUUUCCCUUUAUUUAUGUAUUCUGCAUUUAGUACAUCAUGUAGAGUUAUUCCAAUUCUUGAGUUAUUUAAUGUAAAUUAUGACUUGAUUAAUAUUGUUACUUUAUUAGUUUUUAUAUGGUUAAUGACUUGGAUGUAUUGUUGGGCAAAUUCAAGAGUAAAUUUAACUUCAGUUGUUGUAAUUUUUAUAGGGAUAUCAAGAAUGUUUGAUUGUUCAAUAGAAUAUUUAGUAUUUUUAUUUAUGCUUACAGAGUUAUUCACCCAUCAAAUUAACGCUUCAAUUUGA